AUGCUGCUGCUGCGCGUGUUACUUUUCACGUCACCUCUUGCUCUUCUUGAACGUCGUCUUCAUCCUCGAUCUGCAGCAUACAUCGUACCAAGGAACCCAACCAUUGAGCGAGAACGGUGGCAAAUGUCAAUAGCACUCGAUAUGGACACAACCAAGAUCCGCAAGCAGCCCGCUGCUUCGGCUUCCUCCUCUUCCUCAUCCACACCGUUCUGCUCCGUGAUCGUCCCCGCCUUCCGCGAGAACCUCAACAUCCGACCACUCGUCACCCGACUCUCCUCCGCAUUCUCCUCCCAUCCCGAUCUUUCCAACACCGAAAUCAUCAUCGUCGAUGACAACUCACGCGAUGGAUCCGUCGAAACCGUCUCUGCACUCCAACACGAAGGCUACAACGUACGCAUCGUGGUACGCACUUCGGAACGCGGUCUCUCCUCCGCCGUCGUCCGCGGAUUCCGUGAAGCUCGCGGCGAACGAAUGAUCUGCAUGGACGCCGACCUUCAACACCCACCCGAAGCCGUACCCUCGCUACUGCUCGCGCUCGACGAUCGCAAAACCUUCGUCCUCGGUACCCGCUACGGCGCAGGCGUCAGCAUGGAUAAAGACUGGCCCCUCCACCGUCGCAUCAUCUCCUCUGGCGCGCGAAUGCUCGCCCUACCCCUCACAACCGCCUCCGAUCCCAUGAGCGGCUUCUUCGGAAUCACAAAGAGAAGCUUCGCAAACGCCGACCAGGACAUCAACGCCCAAGGAUUCAAAAUCGCCCUCGAUCUACUCGUCAAAUCCGGCGUCGAAAGCAGCGCCAUCGCCGAAGUACCCUUCAGCUUCGGAUUGAGACAGGAAGGCGAGAGCAAGUUGGAUGGCAAAGUCAUGCUCAAGUACGUCGAGCAGCUCGUCGAAUUGUACAGGUUCAGGUUCGGUACGGCGCCGUUGGUGUUUGUGCUGUUGAUGCUCGUCGUGUUGGCGCUGUAUGUUUGGUCUCAUGUCGUGGCGCCCGUGUUCAGUCGGUGA